AAGAAAACUCAAUGAGUGCAGCGAAAUAUGGAUGAAUGAAUCUUUUGUUUCGCCAUGACAAGAGAAUUGAGUGCAAUCUAUUAACAUGCAAUGUCCAGUGUCCGGUAAGCAAUGGCUACCGCUCCAGAAGAAAAGAGUACUAGAAGCCGACAUUAUGGGAUAUACUUUGCAAGAUCGUAUGGGAUAUACUUUCCAAGAUAGUAUAAAGAGGCAACCGGCAAAGCCCAAAAAAAAUUGAGUGCAAUCUAUUUAUAUGCAAUGUCCACUGUUGGGUAGGCAAUGGCUACCGCUCUAGGAGAAAGAGUACCAGAAGCCCACAUUAGGGCGACCAUGGCUUUCUUAAACACCGACUCCGUCGAACAAGAUUAUUUCUUGCAAGGGAAUACCACCACCAGCGUUCCCCCUUUGACAUCCUCUUUCUUCACCAUUCCAUUCCAGCUCAUCCAUGGAGAAGAAGAGGACAAUGCCUCUACUGCUGCCCCUACUUUUCAUCCUCCUCUUUGCCCAACUGAAUCAUUCAGUAGCCGCAAUAGUAAGCAAAGUGCCCAAUCGAAGAAAAAGAAGCUCUUCGUGGAAAUCGACUCUCGUUAUACGGACUUUGAAGACGACUUUGUCGAUUCAUGUAGACCUCUUUCUCCCAGAAGCAGUACUUCAUCCAAAAGACACAGAUCUACCCACGUUCACAAUUUGUGCGAAAAGAGGCGGAGGAGCAGAAUAAAUGAGAAAAUGAAAGAUCUUCAACUUCUGAUACCUCAUUCGAAGAAGACAGACAAAGCUUCCAUUCUUGACGAAGCAAUUCAGUACGUCAAACAGCUUCAAGUUCAAGUACAAAUGCUUACUUCUCCAAAUAAGAUGAGCACAUCACAUUUCUGCGUACCAAUGGGAAUCCCAUGCUUUCAGGUGCCCCAGAUGUGUAUGAACAUGAAGAUGGGAUCCCAAUGGACUAAUGGGUGCAUGACCAUGCACCAGGGAGUUCAAGCACAACCAGUACCAUGGUCUAAUGAAGGAAACAAGGAGUGUUUUCGCACAGUAGGUCUGCCAAUGUUUACCAAGGUUUCACAACGCAAUAAUGUAUGACAUGCAGGGAGCAUUAAUACUUCACCCCAGUCUCUUGAAGCAACUCAUAUUCGCUAGCCCUAGCCUGUGUGCUUUCAGAAACUUUAUCGUGCAUUUUCGCUUGUAGUAGCAAUAGUCUCUUCCAAGCAGCUCUUGAAGAUCGAAAUAGGAGCAACAGAAAUGUAAAAAAUGAGAUGAUUUGUUCAUGAUCAGCUUUACGUGGACAACAAUAAAGUAUCACAGGUUUUAGUUAUAAGCAAAUGUCACAUGGUGACUCAGUUUCAAAUGAAAAUAAAUGUACAUGCAAAGAGGAACAUGUCAAGAUUUGAACUCAAUAU